AUGAGAGAUCGACUGGCCGACUUCCAACGGCGUGUGGUAACAGAUCGUUUCGAGGAAGUCGAACUUGGACCUCCAGAUGGUGUAGCGGUACCGUUAGCAAACGCAUUGGAUUCACGCAUAAUUUUUCUGCGAAAGGUUCUCGAUGAGCUUCAGUCAGAAAUCGAGUCGUUACAUCGAAAACAGCAACAUAUACUAUCGCUGGCCAUAGCGGACCCCUCUGAAAAGGAUGUACUUGAAGAUCAAAUCUCCAAAAUUCGUCGGAAAACGUGUGAUUUACGUAAAAUGGUCAAUGAGGUCGACAACGAGUUCAGCGAGUUUGCCAGAGUGUGCGAAUCACAAGGAGAAGUUCGAAUUCGAAAAAACCAGAUCGAUUUGAUUAGGAAGAAACUCCGUGAUGUCAUCGUUCGUUUCAAUGAAACUCAUGCGGAUUAUCGAUCGAGGGUCUCAGUUCGAGUACGGCGUCAAUUGCGAGCGGUCGGUGAGAACAUCACUGAAGAAGAGGCAGAUAAGAUCAUUGACUCGGCUGGUCGUGAUGAGUUAUUCUUUCGUGAAGUCAACCCACUUUCGGUGUCCGCUAGGGCGGCAUUAACCGACGUUAAACGACGACAUAACGAAAUCGUUGAACUUGAGAAGAGUAUCCAGGAAAUGCAGGAGAUAUUUAUCGACUUGCAGAAUCUUACAGAAGUUCAGGGUGAUAUUGUUGAUAACAUUGAACGCAACGUGGACACUACGAAGGUUCAUGUGGAAGAGGGAGCACGAAAUGUCAAAGUCGGACUGGAGUACAAGAAGAGUGCCACAAGGAAAAAGAUUAUGGUGGCGUUGUGUGUUGUGAUACUGAUCCUUCUCAUCAUUGUGGCCGCUAUUAUCCUUGCAGUCGUACUGUCUGGUCGUAGAUGA